AUGUCGGGAUAUAACAAUUACAACAACAACAAUCAGGCAUACGAUCCUAAUGCUCUGUCCAAUGACCUCUCUAAGGCUUCGCUGGAAGGAGGCAAUCAGAACAACAGGUUCAACCCCAGCGCUGCCCCAUCGUUCACCCCAAAUGUGAACGCUCAGAGCUACGUUCCUGGGCAAUACGGAGGUGGAUAUUCUCAAUAUGCUGGCUCAUUCAACCAGUAUGCCGCCCCAGAUCAGCAGCAACAGCAGUACAGCCAAUACAACCAGUUUCAGAGCAAUCGCGGAGGCUACUCUAACCAGUACAACAACCGUGGAGGCUUCAACAAUAAUUACAACAGUUACAACCAGUACAGCCAGCAGCAACCCGUGGAGCAAAGUGGUGCUCAGGGUAUGAGUUUGGAGGAGUACACCAAACAGCAGCAAAGCGCGUUGAACUCCAAGAUUCCAACCACGAAGCCUAAGGUCAAGCUGAACAUGGGUGGUAUCAAAAUCGUGAAGAGAGAACCCAAGCCAGAGGUCAAAGAGGAGGUGAAGGAGGCUGCAAAGGAGGCUGCAAAGGAGGAGGUCAGUGAGACCAAGACUGAGCCAGUUGCGGAGGCCAAGGAGACUCCUAAGGAGGAUGCCAAGGAAGAGACCAAGGAGGCCCCUGUAGUUAAGGAGGCUGCUAAACCUGUUUCUGCUCCAAAGACAGAGACAAAGAAGGAGGAGGCCAAAGACGAUGCCCCUAAGAAGACGGCAGAUUUGGUCGCCAAGCAGCAGGAAGAGGAGAUUGACAUCUCCAUCGUAAAGGACAUGUAUGGUGGAAAGGACCAUUUGUCGAUCAUUUUCAUGGGCCAUGUCGAUGCUGGUAAGUCCACCAUGGGUGGUAACAUCCUUUUUCUCACCGGUGCCGUUGACAAGAGAACCGUGGAAAAGUAUGAGCGUGAAGCCAAGGAUGCCGGUCGUCAAGGUUGGUAUUUGUCUUGGAUCAUGGACACCAACAAGGAGGAGAGAAAUGAUGGUAAGACCAUUGAGGUUGGAAAGUCUUACUUUGAGACUGACAAGAGAAGAUACACCAUUCUGGAUGCCCCAGGUCACAAGAUGUAUGUCUCUGAGAUGAUUGGUGGAGCCUCGCAAGCCGAUAUCGGUAUCUUGGUGAUUUCUGCCAGAAAGGGUGAAUACGAAGCUGGUUUCGAAAAGGGUGGUCAAUCCAGAGAACACGCCAUUCUUGCAAAGACCCAGGGUGUGAACAGGCUGGUGGUUGUCAUCAACAAGAUGGACGACCCAACUGUGAACUGGUCGAACGAAAGAUACACCGAGUGUAUCACCAAGCUGGCUGCUUACUUGAAGGGUGUUGGCUACGGAAAGAACGAGGUGGUUUAUAUGCCAGUUUCGGGUUACACGGGUGCUGGUUUGAAGGACAGAGUUCCAGCCAAGGAGUGCCCUUGGUACUCCGGUCCUUCGCUGCUGGAGUACCUUGACUCCCUUGACACCAUGGACAGAAAGAUCAACGCUCCAUUCAUGUUACCAAUAUCGGGCAAGAUGAAGGAUCUGGGUACCGUUGUGGAAGGUAAGAUCGAGUCUGGACACAUCAAGAAGAGUGACAGCGUGCUGCUGAUGCCCAACAGAACUUCGGUGGAAAUUUUGGCCAUCUACAAUGAAGUCGAAGAGGAAACCGCUAGCGCAUUCUGUGGUGACCAAGUGAGGCUCCGUAUCAAGGGUGUUGAAGAAGAAGACGUCUCCAGUGGCUACGUCUUGACAUCCUCGCUGAACCCAGUAAAGACCGCAACAAGAUUCGAGGCCCAGAUCGCCAUUGUCGAGCUGAAGUCCAUCAUGGCUACCGGUUUCGCGUGUGUCAUGCACAUCCACACUGCCAUCGAGGAGGUGGCAGUCACCAAGCUGUUGCACAAACUUGAGAAGGGCACCAACCGUAAGUCCAAGAAACCUCCGGCAUUUGCCAAGAAGGGAAUGAAGAUCAUUGCAAUCCUGGAAACCAACGAACCAGUGUGUAUGGAGACUUUUGAGGACCACCCACAGUUGGGUAGAUUCACCCUCAGAGACCAAGGCCAGACCAUUGCCAUUGGAAAGGUCACGAAGUUAUUGUAA